AUGGUCACACCUUCGCCACUAACAUGGACACUCCGUCUCAAAUCGCACAAAACCACCGUCCUUCUACACGUCGAUCCAUUAACGACAUUCGAAUCGAUCAAAAGCUCCCUCUACGACGCUCUACAAGAGACUGGAUUCAAGAACCCCGAGACCGACGAAUCAAUACCACUCCCCGCCUCAGCCUCAGACAUCCAACUCGGUCGACCAGUCAACUUCAACGACGCAAACGAAGGCUUCCAGCUUGGCGAAUGGGAAUACUCACACGCGGAAGAAGACGAGGAUGUGGGCAAGGGUAAAGGAAAGGCAAAGGCAACGGGGAAUGUCAAACAAUGUCCAAAGGGUGCUGGUCUGAAAGACGGUACCGUGUUGGCGUUUCGCUGGGCUGGUGAUGGUACCUGGGACGGGGAAGAUGAGUUUGAUAUCGGCAAGGGCAAGACAGCAGAUAUGUGGGGGGUCAAGCUUGCUAGCUUUGAGGAUGCGUGGGGAGAGGAGAAUGAGACGGACGUGGGCGGGGGGAGGGAGUUUGAGGGAUGA